CAGUCAGUCGCUCCCUGUCGCUGCCGUACAGUCUCUGCUUCCCCCUUCCUACCCGCUCCGCGGCGGCAGCUCAGGCUCUCCGGGGAGGGGGAGACGAGAGAGAGAGAGAGAGAGAGACCGACUUAAUAAAAGUUUCCUGAAACAACAACUACUACCAAAAAGCCCACGGUGGGGGGAGACCCCCGUUCUUCUCCGCCCUCUCCAAAAGCCUGAGGGACCGUUGCAGGUGGAGCGGCGCUGGGAGGAGCCGGGCUGCGGCGGCGGCAGCCGUUGCCCCGGCGAGGGGCGCCUCGGGUCCCGCCCGCUCCGGCUCCGGCUCCUUCGGCGGCCGCCGCUGCGGCUGCCAGGCGGUUCCUCCUGUCAACUGCCCGCGCCCGCGCGCCGCCCGCCCGGCCGCCCCACAGCGCGGAGGGACGCCGUGAGCCGCCGCCGCCGCCGCCGCUGGUGAGCUGCGGCGCUUCCGCCUCAGCGCCGGCGGGGACUCUUUGGGAGCGCGUCGGCCCGAACCCCGCUUCCCUUCGCGCGGUCCGAGGGGGGCUGCGCCAGGUGGGGCCAGCGGCCGCCUCCCGCGCCAGGCUGUCCCGGUGGCCGUCCGGCCUGCCCGCCUGCCUUCCGCCGGCCCGCCCUAGGAGUUAAGCAAGGCGCGAUGAAGAGCUUCUCCCAGUGAAAGGAAAGUAGGUCGCACCCACUGAAAAUGCCUUUAAGGGACAAAUACUGUCAGACUGACCACCAUCACCACGGAUGCUGUGAACCAGUUUAUAUCCUGGAACCUGGAGAUCCUCCUUUGUUACAGCAACCACUACAGACAUCCAAAUCUGGUAUUCAACAAAUAAUUGAAUGCUUUCGAUCAGGAACUAAACAACUUAAGCAUAUUUUGUUAAAAGAUGUGGACACUAUUUUUGAAUGUAAAUUAUGUCGCAGUCUCUUCAGAGGAUUACCAAAUUUAAUUACCCAUAAAAAAUUCUACUGCCCACCAAGUCUCCAGAUGGAUGACAACCUUCCUGAUGUAAAUGAUAAACAAAGCCAAGCCAUAAACGAUCUCCUAGAAGCCAUAUAUCCAAGUGUGGACAAGCGAGAAUAUAUUAUUAAGCUAGAACCCAUAGAAACAAAUCAGAAUGCAGUGUUCCAGUAUAUUUCAAGGACUGAUAAUCCUACUGAAGUAACAGAGUCAAGCAGUACUCCUGAACAAGCUGAAGUGGAAAUACAGGAAGCUACCGCCGAGCAGCCGAAAACAGUGCCAGUUACAGACACUGAGGUGGAAGCUGAAGAGCCCCCGCCUGUUGAGAUUGUUGCAGAUGAAGCUGCACCUGCACCAGAUGAACAACCUCAGGAGUCACAGGUUGACUUGGAAACUUCAGACAAUUCUGAUUUUGGCCACCAGUUGAUAUGUUGUCUUUGUAGAAAAGAAUUCAAUUCUAGACGAGGUGUUCGUCGCCACAUUCGAAAAGUACACAAGAAAAAGAUGGAGGAACUAAAAAAGUACAUUGAAACACGAAAGAAUCCAAAUCAGCCCUCUAAAGGACGCACUAAGAAUGUUCUAGUUCCAUUAAGUAGGAGUUGUCCAGUAUGUUGUAAAUCAUUUGCUACAAAAGCGAAUGUGAGGAGGCAUUUUGAUGAAGUUCAUAGAGGACUAAGGAGGGAUUCAAUUACUCCUGAUAUAGCAACAAAGCCUGGGCAACCUUUGUUCCUGGAUUCUGUUUCUCCUAAAAAAUCUUUUAAGACUCGAAAACAAAAGUCGUCUUCAAAGGCUGAAUACAAUUUAACUGCAUGCAAAUGCCUCCUUUGCAAGAGGAAAUAUAGUUCACAAAUAAUGCUUAAAAGACAUAUGCAAAUUGUCCACAAGAUAACUCUUUCUGGAACAAACUCUAAAAGAGAGAAAGGCCCUAAUAAUACUGCCAACAGUUCAGAAAUAAAAGUUAAAGUUGAACCAGCAGAUUCUGUAGAAUCUUCACCCCCUUCCAUUACCCAUUCUCCACAGAAUGAAUUAAAGGGAACAAAUCAUUCAAAUGAAAAAAAGAACACACCGGCAGCACAGAAAAAUAAAGUUAAGCAAGACUCUGAAAGUCCUAAAUCAACUAGUCCGUCGGCUGCAGGUGGCCUGCAAAAACCCAGGAAACCCAAGCUCUCAGCUGGCUUUGACUUUAAGCAACUUUACUGUAAACUUUGUAAACGUCAGUUUACUUCUAAACAAAACUUGACUAAACACAUUGAGUUGCACACAGAUGGAAAUAACAUUUAUGUUAAAUUUUACAAGUGUCCUCUUUGCACUUACGAAACUCGGCGGAAACGCGAUGUGAUCCGACAUAUAACUGUGGUUCAUAAAAAGUCAUCUCGCUAUCUUGGGAAAAUAACAGCCAGUUUAGAGAUCAGAGCUAUAAAAAAGCCUAUUGAUUUUGUUCUAAAUAAAGUGGCAAAAAGAGGCCCUUCAAGGGACGAAGCAAAACAUAGUGAAUCAAAACACGAUGGCACUUCUAAUUCUCCUAGUAAAAAGUACGAAGUAGCAGACGUCGGUAUUGAAGUAAAAGUCACAAAAAACUUUUCUCUUCACAGAUGCAAUAAAUGUGGAAAGGCAUUUGCCAAAAAGACUUAUCUUGAACAUCAUAAGAAAACUCAUAAGGCAAAUGCUUCUAAUUCACCUGAAGGAAACAAAACCAAAGGCCGAAGUACAAGAUCUAAGGCUCUUGUCUGAUAACUUCAAGUGAUGUACGAAAAGGUUUGGAGUUCAUUUUUGUGGAAAGACUUUAAAUUGGUGUUAGAACCACUAAACAUCUUCACAUGGUACUAUGAGGAAAAAAAGAAAAACAUUCUCAUAAGUUUUCAACUGUAACUGCUGUUUUCUGACUAAAAUAAUAACCAUCUAACCACUUGUUUGUAAGGCAGUGCCUAUCCCAGCACUUUCCAGUAGCUGCGACAUUACUUGUCGUCAUCACAGUCCAUCCGCUAGCCACCUUGACCUUGUGCAUUUGGUCUGCAGUUUCUACAGAUACAUUGUACGUUUUGUUUUCCAAACAGUUUGAUGAUUAAAGUGGUCAACACCCUGAAGAAACUACCAGUUUUUAAUUGACAAAAAGACUUAACAUCUUAAUGAUUUUAGUUUGGGUUCACUUUAUUUGGCACAAGUUUCAUCUGGAUUGUACAUAUAUAUGAUCUUUUAGUGAGUAUAUGAGAGAAACAAAAGACAAAUUAGUAUCAACAUAUUAUAAAUAUUUAGUCAAUUAAAUAUUUGUAAUUAUUUUUAUAUCCUUUUAUUUCUAACUUGUUCUUUAGCACUUAAGUGUUUGAAUAGUCUCUCUAAGAUAGUUACUACAGGAAAAUUCUAGUUCAUUUUCAUGAAUGGAUCAUUAGGUUUUUUUCAUUUAUAACCAUCUGAGGUUUUUAUGAAAAUUAAACAUUCCCCAGUUUUUCCUGAAAUUUUAUACAAAGCACUUUAAUGAUAGAUGCAACUUUAUUUUUCAGUUUCUAUUUUUUUUUUAAAAAAACGACCACACACAUUUACUAUUGUUAACAUGAAAGUAGUAAAUAACCUACUGAUGUUUUGUGGAUGCAGACAAUCCAUGUAUAACACUUCUAAUGAUACUAGUUUAUUUCUUUAAAUACUGCUAUAAAAGGAAAAUGAGGGUAAAAACCCUGAUUUUUCUCUUUCAAGAAAGAUCAGAAGUGACCACUUUAGGUAAUAUUUGAUUCAGACUGUAAAAUUUAGAAAAUAAUGAAUUCUUGGCCAUUUUUGUAAUCAAGAUUUUAGGAAAAACAGAAGUACAUCUAUCUAUGAAAUUUUGGGCAGGUUUUUGUGCAUUAAUAUUUUGUACUUCUUAGGGAAUAUUUUAUUUUUUAUUAAUUUGUGUCAGAUUAUAAUUUUAAAAGGAACAGCAGAAAUAUACCAUGUUUUUAUAUAGGUUCACACUUGUACUUAGAAGGGACCCUGUCCACCUACAUAAUUUUUGUAUAAAAUUUUAAAAUGUUGAAGAUCCCACAAGGUCAUAAUAAAAUGCUUUGAUAGCUUAAAAAACGUUUACCCUUCCCAGUGCUUUGCACUAAAAUAUACUGUGAAAGGAAACUAGAGAGACUGUUAUUGUUGCUGGAAAUGUUCUAUAUUGAAUGUACAUGCUUUUGUUGGAAAAUGUUGGAAAAAUGUGAUGGAAAUAAACCAGACUCAAAGUUAUUUCAGCUAAAUGUGCUUCAAAAAAAGGUGCAUUGGUUGAAACUUAAAUGUUUUAUUAUCUUUAAACUUACUCAGUGACUGUGAGCAGCUACACUUGAAUUAUAUCCUGACAGUUUUAUUUUUAAGUAAUAGAAUAAUAAUUUCUCCUUAAUUUAAAAACAGAUUUACUUUUCCACAUAUGGAAGAUUUGUGGUCUUAUAGGUCUAACUAUAAUGACUAAUAGUAUAAUAUAUUUAGGGAACUAAAUGUGUAGGUGGUAUUUCACUUAUAAACCAUCUUCAUUAGUUGCACAUUAUUAAACCUGUAUGUUUGACUUUUGCAAGGUGUUAUCUUUUAUGCAUUCCUGCACACAAGACAUAUUCCAAAGAUUUUUUUUCCAGACUUCAGUACUUGUAACCAAUGAAAAGAUAAGAGGCUUUCUAAAAAACUUGGGAGUAACUGUUUACUACAUUUUCUCUUCUGUAUGUCAGCCUUUUCCUCUUUGCUUUGCUUGGAAAAUACUGUAGGGGAGAAAGGAAAACACACUGCUGUUGGAAGAGGGAGACACACUUGCUGGGCUUCCCUUACUCUAGUCGCUUGUUUCCCCAGGACCAUUUCUCAGCAUGUCUCCUCUGUAAUAAUUGCAGAAUUUCAAAGGGGAAAACAAGAGUUCCACAGUCUGUCAAAAGAUUUCAUCUGGAUCAUAGAGAAAAAAUAGCACAGCGUCAGGACUUGCUUAAAUUAGAAAGGCCUGGAGAUACUGGGAACGUUUUAUCUUGAUAACCAAAUUCCUGGCUUAUGGCAGAUGUGAGAGAAGCUAACCUGAGAAAAUGGGACUAGCUUAGAAAGGUAGACCAAACAAGAAGUAACUAGAAACUACUUUUUGUUCCUCUUCCUUUCUGGUCUUCAUUUUUACUUUAUUUUACUUUUAAAAGAUUUUAUUUAUGUAUUUGAGAGGUAUAGUUAUAGACAGAGAGGGAGAGACAGCAAGAAAGGCCUUCUACCUGCUGGUUCACUCCCCAUUUGGCAGUGACUACCAGAGUUGAGCUGAUCAGAAGCCAGUCGCAAAGCGCUCCAUCCAUCCCAGUCUCCCAUGUGGGUGCAAGGGCCCAAGCACUUGGGCCGUCUUCCACUGCUUUCCGAGCCAUAAGCAGAGAGCUGGAUUGGAAGAGGAACAGCCGGGCCAUAAACCGGUGCCCAACAUGGGAUGCCGACACCGCAGGGGGAGGCCUAGCCUACUGAACCACAGUGCCAGCUCCCCCCACCCAUUUUUACUUUUAGAUGAUUUUGACUCUUGAGCUCUGUCAUUUCAGAGACUUGAGAAAAUACAUAAGAAGUUUGUGUCAAGCCUUUUUACACAUAGGCUAUAUAAACAUGUUUAUGAGAUUUUUUGUUGUAAUGAAUAAUAAGCAGAUAAAUGGCUUAUUUUAUAUUUUAUAUUAAGAUUUAUCUCCAGCUGUAAAUUACAUUUACCUUUGUUGGUAUUUGGUCAAUUAAAUUUUCCUGUAGAGUUCAGUUUAUCCUUCUUUCUAAUGGUACCUUCCAUUUGUAGGAGAUGAGAAGCAAUAACAGGUAUAGCUUGUGGUUCAACUUUGUAAGUUGUAUAGUGAUGUGGAAGAAGUACAACUGGGCAGGUGUUCAUUAAUGAACAUGCAGAUGUUUCUUGAAUAUACAACUUUUUUGUUGCUGCUGCUUUUUUCCCCCUUGCUAUGAAGAAAACCCUUGAAGAAUAUAUAAAUUACCCACCCUUAAUCUUAGCCUGCUUUUGUGUAUAUGAGCUAUGUUUUUGGUUGACAAGGAUUGCCCUUAUUGUUGAAAAGUACCUUCCCAUGUUACAGGAAUAUGUUAUAUUGCUUGAUGGCUGAUAGGCUCUUUACUCAGUUUGCUUUAAAGAAACUAUGGAUGCAGUGGCAGGGAAUUUUGUGGUUUGCUAUGGGAGAAAGAGGAAUUUCCCCAUGUACAUUCUGGAAAAUAUGUGUGGAAACAGUGUAUGACAAGUGGGUGACCUUCCUAGUUGUAAAGUUGCAGUUGAUCUCUUGACAUAGCAUGACCCCUGAAAAUGAGAUAGGAAAGUUUCUAACAUUUUCGAAGUUAGGCUUCUGAGUUCUCUGCCGUGACCCAUGGCAGUUUUCUAGAUCCUUAGUUUGGAGUUGUGAAAGUUGCUUUUCUGGUGGAAUCCACAGACUACCGAGGUUAUGGUUUAGCUAUGGUGCUCCCAGUUGAUCUGAAGCCUAGCUGUAAGAUACAUGCAUUUGUGGUAUUGGCUGUGCUUUUAAACAAGAUCCUUCUGUACUCUUACUCUCUCCUUUCUGUCUGACUUUUAAAAAUUAUUAUUCAUUAGAGACACAGAGAGAGACUGUACUCCCACCUGCUGGGUCACUCCCCAAAUGCCUGCAAUGGCUAGAGCGGGGCUGAGGCCAGAGGCAGGAGCUGGGAAUACAAUCCAGGUCUUCCACGUGGGGUGGCAGGGACCCAGUUACUUGAGUUGUCACUGCUGCCCUUCCCCGCACUCCUCCCCAGAGACUGUAUUGGUGGGAAGCUAGAGUCAGAAGCCUGAGACAGCAGUCAGACUCAGGAGCUCUGAUGCAGGAUAUGGGCAUCUUAAAUGCUAAGUGAAACACUUGGCUUUUCCCCUCCCUUGGACUUUGAGAGCUAAAAGGAUCUUUGGGACUGAAAAGCAGCAAGGAUCAGCAAUGUUAGGACCAGCUCUGUUGUUUCUAAGGCAUUAGGCGUAUUGUAGAAUGCAAAAUGAAAACAGGUUUCCUGUACCUAAAAUCAUUUUGGCUUUUUUCAUUUCUCACUUGAAUUUCUCUUGUCUUUGAUUUAAAAGGCAGAGUAACAGAGAUCUUUUCAUUCGCUAGUUCACUCCCCCAUAUGUCUGCAACAGCCAGUUCUGGUUCAGGCCAAAGCCAGGAUCCCAGAACUACAUCCCAGUCACCCAAGUGGGUGGCAGGGGCCCAAGUUGGGCCAUCACCUGCUGCUUUCCUGGGCACAGUAGCAGAGAGCUGAAUCUAAAGUGGACAGCCGGGACUGGAACCAGCACUCUGAUAAGGUGUGCUGGCAUCGCAAGCCAGAGCUUAGCUUGCUGCAUCACAACGCCAGCCCCUAUAAUCUGUUUCUGUAUCAUUUUCCUUUGAGCUUCCAGUCUUCUCGUGGCCUGGUUGAUUAACAGAUCAUUAGAACCAAGAUAGCUGUAACUGUUACUAGGAAGGGUAAUAGUGUGGAAAAUGCAGUUCAUUUCUGCCAGAAUCUUUAACUCUCUGCGCUGGACUUGGGAGGUUUAUUGUUCUCAGGCUUCUUCCUCUAUGUGCUUUCUCCAGUGUAACACCACAAGCAAAGGGGGGUUUAUAGCUGCGUAUAGUUGGGGAAAAGUGCAGAGUUGGAUGUUUUGCUGCUUGUGCCCACUCAGCAGAAUUAGUAUACGUGAUUGUGUAUCUUUACGGUCAGAGACUGUGUCUUGAUAAUUUUGUACAGUGCCUUGAAUAUUUUUAUGUAUACCCAGGCACUCUAAAGCAAUGUUUGAUAAUGGUUUCAAAGCAGGUAGUAGUCUUUCCAUCUCAGAAUAGUAUCAUUUACUUUGGGACUUUACAUCAUAAUUUUAUAAACUUUCUCAUUGGGAAGUCCUAUUUAUUUUACAAAAUACUACCAGUGUCAGGAUAAGAGUUUUUGGAAAUAAAGAAAAUUCUUAAUAAUAGCUAAUCAUGAACAUUUAUGGAAUUGCGAUUGCUGUAUGCUGAGUGCACUGUGUUUACGUGCUCCUAACCCUACCGGCAGCCCUAUGAAGUCAGACCUGUUUCUUCAUUAUCCCUGUUUUAUUGAACAGGAAUUGAAGUCUGUGAUUUACUCAGCGUCACAUAAUAGUUAAGAGACUUGAUCCUGGAUCUGACAACACUCUGUGCCCUUAGUGUAAUGUUACAUUUGCAUAUUCGCUGCAUUACCUUAUGAUCUGGAGCCCAAUCAGUUGAUGAAGGUUUUGGUUCCAGGCCAGCUCUCUGCUAUGGCCCGGGAGUGCAGUGGAGAUGGCCCAAGUGCUUGGGCCCUGCACCCCAUGGGAGACCAGGAGAAGCACCUGGCUCCUGCCUUUGGAUCAGCGUGGUGUGCCGGCCGCGGCGGCCAUUGGAGGGUGAACCAACAGCAAAAGGAAGACCUUUCUCUCUGUCUCUCUCUCUCACUGUCCACUCUGCCUGUCAAAAAAAAAAAAAAAAAAAAAGAAAGGAAGGUUUUGAUUCCACAAAUUAUUUCCUAUAUGACCUUGUGCGAAUUAAAAACAUUCUGUGCCUAAGUUACCUCAGCUAUGAGAUUUCUCACUUUGUAGGCUUGUUCUGAGGCUAAGAUGAAAAAUCUUUGUGAAACACAAGAGUGCCUGGCAUGGUACAGUAAAUGUUGUUACUGUAAGUGACCUAGAGAGCAUUUACAAAUGUGGAAUUUCGUUAUUACUGAUUAAACAUAAAUUUAGACAAAGUUAUGCAUUAAAAAGAAUGUCAUUGCUACACAUCAGAUUCUACCUGUUGCUUUUCUAUAAAUUGGAACAGUGAAGACAACCAACUAUAUUAUUUGCUGUAGUUCUCUUCCAGUCAGAUAGUAGUAGCUGCUGCUUGUUUGUGAGCUUCUCGUUUUAUUUAGAAAGGCAUUAGGUAGCUCUGCACAGCUUCAUAGCCAGUCUUGGUUUUGGUGGUUCCUUUCCAGAACAGCCCAUCUGUCAGAAUUCUCAUUAGCAUCUGUCCUGUCAUGCAGAUGUUACUGAUCACAUGCCAAACACUAACACAGAGCAAGAAUUAAUUUAGAAACAUUGCUGAAAUAUUUUUAUAAAACAAAACCUGUAUACAUGUAGUACUUUUUGAAAGAAAAGAUUCAGUUAGGCGAGCUUGUCAAAGAGAAUAUAAUUCAGCUGAGUCAGGAGUUUCUUCGGUGAAUGUGUCAUGGGGAGAUAAGAAACGGCACUCAUCAACUGUUCUGCCAGUGGUGGUCUGGUGGCAGGUUCCAAAUUUCAGCUAAGUCCCAGUACUAUUAUCUCUGAUAGAGUUUGCCCACACAACUGACUGCUGUUGAUGUUGCUUUUUACAUGAACACGAUGAUCCUAGAAAUUUUAGUUUUCAGGAACUAAAAACCAGAAAACUCUGGCCCUUAAAUUUGAAUGAACCUUUUUUUUUUUUUUUUUUAAGUAAGAUUGAUUGAUUUACUUGAAAGGCAGAGUUAGAGAAACAGAGAUCUUCCAUCCACUGUUUCACUCCCCAGUGGUUUCAAAAGCUGAGGCUGGGCCAAUCUGAAGCCAUGAGCCAGGAGAACUUCCGGGUCUCCCAGGUGGGUGCAGGUCCCCAAGCACUUGGCCAUCUUCCAUUGCUUUCUCAGGUAGAUUAGCCGGGAGCUGAAUGGGAAGUGGAGCAGCUGGGACUCCCACUGAUGCCCACGGGGGAUGCUGGUGCCAGGCUUUAUCUACUACACCACAGCACCGGCCUCUUGGAUGAAUGCUUAUGUCUUGAAUUUCAGUUCAAGUAAUGGGGUUCCUACACCUUGUUUGUGUGCCUAAAUGAUUCUGAUACUCAAAUGCUUGUUCAGGUAUCUGGAGCAUGUUCCUGGCUCAUGAAACAUUGUAGUAGUUAAGUAAUAAGAGGACCUGGUUGAAAAAAUAGGCAAACCAAAAUAAACACCCCAUUUUGGAUGUUUUGAGUAGUAAUGGCUUGGCAUCUUACCUGGGUAUUCUACCUACUCUGUGUGAUCUGGUAACUAUUAAGGUGUGAGAGUGAUGUUAUAUUCAGGUGAGAAAUUAUUACACCAGUAUGAACCUUACUGCAUAUAGCUCAUCACAGUUCAGAUUUUGAAAAUUGGAUUCAAAUCCAUCUCUGAUCUGGAAUUAUCCUGAAAAUUAAUCAGUUCUGAGAAAUGGGACUGUGGCUUUUCAUCAGAGCUGCUUUUUCAGCUGUGCAAAAGCUCUUCUUGGGUAGAUAGGUGUCUUGGCGGGCCUGAACCCCAGAGUACUUGGUGGUUGUGACUGGUAGCUUUUGUUUUGAAUGGGAAGGAAAACCAAGAAGUAUGUUUCUUCUAAGAAGAAAAAUAGGGAAGCACUAGGAACACAGUGUGUGUAAGUGGUUGAAUUAUGUGGGAAAGAGGACUUUGACGGAAGGAAUUUUUGUGUAUUUAAUUUUGGACAUAAUAUUGGAGAAAAGGACAAUAGGGUCGUUUUUAUAAGCUUCUGCAGCAGAGUGACCUUGUCGUAUUUGUGCUUUUUUUCUGGUUAGGUACUUGCUGAGUUCCUUGGGAUGCAAGGUGUUGGGUGUUUGUAGAUGUUCCAGCUUUCUUCUUCCCUUUGAUCAGACUUUGAGAAGAUAGGAUAGACUCAUGGGCUUGGUAGAGCAAACACAUCUAGUAACACUCAUGAAUUAGCCUCAAGACUUAGAUCCUUAGAAAACAUCUUAGUAAUUUUUCAACUUCACCUUUCUUCGCCUGUCCAUCUUGACUAGUCUUGUAUCCUUUAUUGUGAUUGUAAGAGUGGAUUCACUUGCCAUGAAAUUAAUACACAGGUUUACAUAAACAUAAGGGCAGGAAACUGUUGAAAGAAAUGGUUUUGUUUCCUGUAACUUCCCUAGAUCUCUUUUUAAGUCUCUUAAAUGCACAGUUGUGAUGGUUUGUAAAUGUGAAGCUGUAGGAGACUUUGAAGGCCCUUCUCUCCAGAACUAGCAGGGGUGGGGUGGGGGUGAGGGGGUGAGGGCUGUGGACCUUCUGUAAAAGGCCCUGCCAAGGCAACCGCAGGUGGGACCUGAAAUUUAAUAAAUCUGUGGCAGGCUGAUGUUCUAAAUAUGCAAGUGGCCCCUGGCAGAAAAAAGGUUCUCCACCCCUGAACAGUUGAGUAGGGCUAGGUAAGGCCCAAACUACAGAUGCCUGAAGAUGGAAGUGGGUUGCACAGUAUGGACCCUCUUGUUAAUGUCCUCUAAUUGCAGUUGUAUGAGUGCAGAUCACCCACCUAGGUCAGAAAAUACCGUGUCACGCUUGCUUUUUAAUUUUUUUUUCUUUGCAUGCACAAAAUUUUACUUGGUAUGUAGGUAGUGAGGAGAGGAGUAUUAGAAAGCUUUCUCUGGGGAUUAUAUGGCCAGUCUUACGGGAAUCAGAAGUAUUUGUAUAACUUUGCCUUGUGGACUUCUGGUAGGGAAACUAGGAAAAAAAUCAGUGUAACUGCUGAUCUGGUAUUGUCCUCUUAGAGACAUAGGAGAUAUUCUGCUUCUUUGCUGUUAUUAGCCCUUUUCCUCUUUUUUUUUUUUUUUUUUUUUCAUUUGAGAGGCAGACAGACCUUCUUCCAUUUGCUGGUUCGUUCCCUAAAUUACUGCAACAUCUAGGACUGGUCCAGACUGAAGCCAACAGCCAGGAAUGCAGUCUCCAUCUCUCAAGUGUGUGACAGGGACCCAAGUACUUGAGAAAUCACCUGCUUCCUCCUAGGGCGCUCAUUAACAGAAGCUGGCAUUGGGAGUGGAACCGGGACUUGAACUCCGACACUCCCAUGAGGGAUGCAGGCGUCUCAAGCAGAGUCUUAAAUGCUUUGCCUAAAGCCAGCCCUGUUUUGUUGUAACCAGUUACCUCACUGUCUAUGAGUAUGUCAAUGUGGUUGUAACUGCCUUAUAAUUUCUGCUGCCUGCCUUCUCUGUCCUCCAUGUAGCUUGAGUCCAGAUUCCUCUAACAGUAGAUCUGAUUGGUUCAGUUAGGCACACUGCCUGUUGGACAAAUCCUCCGUGCUAGUCUCUUCAUAGGUUGCCGGCCAGUCUAUAUACAUUGACUGCUGCUGGGGGAACAGGUGCUCUCUACUGCUGUCAUCUGUGGCCGUGGUGGCAGAGUCAGUGGCAUAAAACAUGGAGUGUUUUAAGAGUACAGUGCUAGCAUGUAAUAAGCUUUCAGGUACACGUGGUUUUCUUCCUUGUUAAAGGUAAAGGCAACCUGUGGUCUUGACUGCUAGGUUAAUUCAGUGUCAAGAAACCUUUCCUCAGAACAUACAGGAAGUAUCUUUCGGUGAUCAUCUGAAGUCUGCGUUUGUAGACGCAUAGAUAGCCUGAAGUCUUCACACAGAAAGACAUAUUACACUUCCUGUAGCAGCAUUCUGGACCAUUCUGUCGAUUGCUGUUUUCUGGACACCCACAGUUAUGCUGCACAGUUCGAGCUGUUGAUUUAAAACAUUCAUAAAGUGUCAUUCUCUCCUUCCACAUUUUGGCUUGUUCUGCAGUAGCUCUCUUACAGAUACAUGUUGUUAUUUAUUCCUUCAAUGACAGACACUAUCAGGGGUUCAUCGUGUGCCUGGUGUCUCUCCAUUGUGUUGGGUUGGGUAGAGUGUAGAUUUUUAAGGGUUAGGCAGAUCUAAGUUCAAGUCCUGACUCCCUUAUUUACUAGCUA